AUGGCAGUCAGGGCCACGAAAGACCAUAAGCUCUCAAAAUUUCCGAACGGCAGUAAAAUCACGAUGCCUUGCGGAACUAAGACGAAAUCCUUCAAAAUUUGUCGAUGCGUCUGCAAAUGGCGAUGUCGGUGUUUGAUUCCUCGAGAGAAGAAACCUGGACCGCCUUUUGGCAGUGGAUCGAGACGCGACACGAUCGUUGGAAUGCACCCAAAAUUUAACAUUGUCAAUGUCGAUUCCCCGCCCGUAGGAUUGUACAAUCCUCGAUCCAUCGAAAGAAAAUCCACUACCGCGAGUUGGAAGAGGGAGUUGGAAACUAGAGAGUUUUCGGCGACAAUGGGAGGUCUUUUGUUGGAAAAAUACGCCAUAGAGAGGAGUCUGAUGAAGACGGGAUUAGGACCUGGAACGCACGAAAUAUUGCAGUGGCCUGAAAAUGUUUUGCACAAGGCUUGCAAAACUAUUCAAAGGGACGUCGGAUUUGGAACUGUUCCCCUUUUCAAACCUGCUCCGGUGUGUACUAAUCCUGGACCAGGUAGAUCGUAA